AUUUCCUAAUUACUAGGGUUUAAGCCCAGGGUUUUCCUCCUACUCCUCUCCUCUUGCAUCUAUUCAUAGAAAGAUGAGGAAGCUGAAAUUCCAUGAGAAGAAGCUAUUGAAGAAGGUUAAUUUCUUAGAAUGGAAGAGAGAAGGCGGCCAGAGAGAGAACCUUGUCAUACAUCGCUAUCACGUCACUGGCAGAGACGACUACAAAAAGUACUCGGGUUUGUGUAGAAUGGUGCAGAAGCUAGUGAACAUAUUGAAACAGAUGGAUUCAAGAGACCCUUUCCGUAUUGAGAUGACUGAUGCACUUAUUGAAAAGCUGUACAACAUGGGUGUGAUACCAUCUCGUAAGAGUUUGGCUUUGUGUGAGCGAUUGUCAGUAUCAUCCUUUUGCAGACGUAGGCUUGCCACUGUCCUGGUGCGGCUGAAGUUUGCUGAACACUUGAAAGAGGCAGUUACGUACAUUGAACAGGAUACAUCAAAAAUAAGGAGAAAGGUCUUGGAAUACAAUGAGAAGUUGGAUGACUACGAUGCAAUGAACUAA